CUAGUACAAAUAUCUUUAAAAUGAUCAAAUUUAUAAAACAAUAUCUUGUUUAUUUUUCUGAGCCCUUUGGCAAAUUGUUUUUCUUUUCUUGCUCUAAGCAACCAUUUAUCAAAACUUUCAUAGUUUAUGCUUAAAACAAGAAAGAAAUGGUUGCAAAUGGUGUAAGAAACAAACAAGUUUGUGUUGUUUUGAAGAUGUUUAGUUUCCCUUUUUAUUUAUUAUUCUUGAUUUAAGCAGCAAUUUUAUAGCUUAUGCUAUUAUCAUAUUGAGUAUGAAAAAUACGUUUUUCUUGUUUUGAAGACGUAUGUUUUAUUAAAACAAACAUAAAUGCUGAUUAUGAAAAUAUAUUUUGCAGUGUAUUGAAUGUGGGAAAAAACAAGAGACCUUUUUUUCCAAUUUUUCUGAAUUAGCUUUUCAUAAGUGUGUGAAGUUGUUUCAUUCUGUACUAACAACAUAUCUCCCCCAUUAAAACGCAUAUUGUUUCUAUUUGCAGAAAAUGAAAACUAGAGAAACAGAAUAACAGAACAGACGCUCUGCAUUUUUUCAUAUUCACUUUAAAGUAAUACACCCGUAAUAUUUGUACAUGCAUUUAGGAAAAGUUAAGAAUUUUUAAGUGAUCACCUUGAUUUUAUUUUUGUUUUCAUAUGUCUUGUCAAGCUGUCAGUCUUUCGCAUUGCUAUUGGAUGACUUCAUGUCACUCUUAAGGUUUGAUUUUGUAGAAAUUCAACAGACACUGGACCAGAAUGGCCACAAUACAUCUAGAAAUGCUAAAUAAAUGAAAAUUUGAAAUGGUCUCUUUUUUUUAUCCGUGGCUGUAUUUGCCAUGAACACAACUCAAAAUUUGUCUGACAAACUGCAGUGUUUGAGUGAUAUUUCUGAUGCCUGAAACUUUGCGUCUGUUGCCCCAGGCCAGAUUUAUAGAGACGGCACUGAACAGAAUUCAUAUUAUAUGAAGGAUUAAAAGUUUAUUACCUGAAGCCUUGAAAAUCUGCAGGAUUGACAGAAGGCUUUUAAGACAUUUCUUGUGCGUGUGUCGGAACGGCAGAGGCUGCUCAGCUAUUGGUUGUUUCUGGCACAUUGAGUGUAAGUCUCAGUCUCUGUGGUUACAGAGAAGCAGAGCAUCAGCUCAGACAGAAUCACUGAACACGCACCUUCUCUCCUCGCUCAUCUCCUGUCACAACAUAAGGGAGCCACGACUGAGUUUGUAGAGGUGGAUCGACUGGAAGAGAGUCGUACUGGUUGUCCUCAUCUUCCGAAUUCAGAACAUACAGAACCGAAGUCCUCUGAGGCGGUUACCAUGGAGACAAGUGAACACUCCGACACGGCCAACAUAAUUGACUGUGAAAUGGAGGUCCUGGAGCCUAAGUUACCUGAGAGCAAGGACGUCGAAAGCAAAGACGAACAAGACUGCGAUGUUUUAGAGUCGAUUAGUGCGAAAGUAGUGGCGGACAUCUUAGCAAGUCUGCCUCCCGCCGACAUCGAGACUGAGGAGCCUGGAGACGUUCACAGCCCUAAAGAGGCGCUUGUUUUGGAUGACACCCGGGAGGAACUUUACCGUAACGAGUCGAUCACCUCUUCGAUGUCUGACACUCCUUCGAGUGCUGGGAGUGUGUAUGAGAAUGAUGUUUUGAAUAAGAGACAAGAUUCAGUCUGGCAAGAACCGUUAGACAACAUUGUGCCCCAACCGGAAGACGUUGACGACAUGUUGGACCCGUUGGGUACCAACACAUACGAACCCAACUUGGAAGACUACGGAUGUGACGAUCAAGACGAAACCAUCCUGGAGCACUACAUCCGAGAGGAAGUUCUCUCCGACGUCUCCACUGAAUCCUGUCACGACCCGGACGAACUGGACGAGUGUCUUCAGGUUGAAAUAGCCGCUGCGUCAUCGGACAGCGAAACGGAUGAGAAAUGGAGGAACGUCUUCUCAUCGUCCAUCAAUAGAGAAGAUGACGAUUCCUACAUUGACAGUCUCGAGUUAAGUGCGCAGGAACUCUUUAUUCAAAAACCUCAAAAUUCGAAUGAUGAUGAACAUUCAAAGGAAAGUGAAGAGCCGGAGAUCCCUGUGGGAGUGGAAGUGCUAGAACAACCAGAGACCGAGCCGAUUCAGCAACCGCAAGAGAUAUCUUACAACGCUUCCACGCUGUUUCACGAACUCUCCAAGAUUUCCGAAGACGACGAGGAGCUCGGACGAGGCCCAGUGACACACAAAAGCAAUUCCUUUGAUUCUGUUAAAUCUGAUUCCAGCAAGAAGAUGCCGAAAGACUAUUGUGUGAUUCAGGAAAUGAUAAGCGAGAACGUCAGCACCGAACAUGUGGAUUUUAAAGUCGCCCGUCAGCAGUGGUUGGAGAUAGAAGAGCAAACGAAAAACCUGACGCACCCUCUGAGCACACCAACGCCGAGAUCCGGAUCCUGCCAGGGAAGCCACAAUUUCAUGUACACGCCGGUUCGCAACAUCGACCGGCCAAAAAGAGACCUCGAAAGUCUAACGCUUGUGGAAGACUACGCUCACAUGCAGUUCAGUCCCUGCUCGGAGGACUCAGGGCUCGACGACUCCAGUUACAGAUCACCGUUUGAAGACCCCGAGACUCCCAUCGAGAAGGAGAUCCGCAUGACUAUCGAACGAGAAGAAACCUUGAGGCGUGAGAGAGGAAUGUCCAAAUCCUUCUCCAGUGACUGUGCACAGAUGAGGGCGAGAUCCGUCAGUUUAAACCCUGGAAACCUAUGUCAGGAAGUCGAUGAGAAAAGAAUCAUGUUUGAACAUCAGGAGGAUGGAAGAAUACCCAAAUCUCCCACCAACAACACACCUUCUUUCAUCAUAACCUCCUCACCGACCAAAGGCUCACAGAAGCAGGAGGCCAACAACAUCAUCAUCUUCGAACCGGAAGUUUUCCCUCCGAGCCCGCGGCAUGGAAAGAUGGUGUCCUCCAAAUCUGCUGACUGGAGGUCUGAGGAUGGCCCCAAUGUCAUUAUUCUGGAAACGCCGAACCUAAUCAUUCGCAGUGCGUCUGAGUUUAACUUGAAUUCUGUUUCGGAGGAAACCCAGGAGAAGAUGUUCCUCGACAACCCGUUUUUUAAACUGCGUUCCAGGAGCACGAUAUCUCUGGUGGAUGAGGAUAUUAAAAUGGUAAAACAGCGAGAAGAGGAACUCAAGCGUCAACGAGCCAAUGUUUACUCAAAAGAUAAUUUCCUCAUGUCUCCAAAUCGCUUGGAUGGAUCGCUGUUUAAUAAUUCAGAUGACGUGCCAAUGAAAUGCAAAUCAUCCCCUUCAUCGCCAAUGAAAACAUGCAGAAUGGAUCGUUCAGCUUUGUCAUGUGACCAUCGAUUUACUGAGCCCUAUGCGGGGGGCAGACGUAAAAGUGCCAUGGCUUUGCGCUGGGAGGCGGGGGAGUUCGCAAACAACGAGUAAAGAAAGCAAGAUGGAAACUGUUGGUCAAUUUACAGCUGUUUUAUGUAAGAGAUUUUCAACGCUCAAACUCAUGUUCGUUUCUCGUGACUGCAUAUACACACUUGCUACUGCUGCUUGCGUUACUCUGUUAUUGAUCCAGAAUAAUCCUGUAUAGACCAAGAUGCCUAAAUGUUCUUUGAAUGUAACGUUUCAUCUAUAUUCGUGAUUCCUCUUUGAUGAGGUGUCUUGAGAUUUGUAAACCACAUUUUUAGUGUUUUGUCUACACAGGUGAGGAGAACGUAUUGUAUUUUCUUGUAAAGCAAUGUUUGUACAUCCCUAAAUUAUAUGAGAUUUUAAAGCAGUAUUACAGGGUGUUUAAGAAAAAUGUACACGCGAUGAAUCUAUUUUGUUGAAUAGCACAGAAUCAAUUUGGAAUAUUUUGUAAUGAAACCGCACUGGGUAAUUUCUUUUUUCUUUUAUCACACAGUUGGCUAUGAUUGUCAUAGGAAUGAUUGAAAUGAAAAUUUAACAUUUAACAUAACAUUUCAUUUAGACGGAGUAUGAAAAGCUUAAGAAUGAUGAUGGUGUACCGUCUACUAUUUAAUAACAUAUUACCAAGAAUCUAUUACUCUGUCAUUUGUUUCUCCCCUUCAUAUAAAGUGUAUAUUAUCGUCAUACCGCCAUGCUUAUAAAACAUGACUAUUGCUUGCUAAUGUUGGAAUCCAUGUGAGUCUGUCUCAAGAGAAAUAUUUGCUUUGCCUAUACCAUUCAGUGUUCAAAAUAUAAUGCAGAAAUAAAA